AUGGAUAAGGCCAAGGCACCCGCUGCGCGGUUCACAGAGAUCGAAAAGGCAAUACUGAUGGAACUUGUAAUGACGUACAAAAAAAUCAUCGAAUGUAAAAAGACCGACGAAUCGUCGUUAAACAAAAAAAAGGCAACUUGGAUUCGACUCUGCAACGAGUAUAACUGCAACCACGGUGUAUAUCGACGGGACGUGAAACAGCUAAAAAAAUGGUGGGAAAAUGUGAAGGCCAAAGCGAAGAAGGACCAUUCCAAAGAAAAAAACAAGGUCCACAAAACAGGAGGGGGGCCACAUGGCAAGCCAAUGAGCGCCACCUCCGUGCUGGUUGGGGCGGUGGCCUCACACGUGUUCAACAGACAGGAAAAUAUGGAGGACAGCGAUGGGGCACCCUAUCUGCCCCCGGUCUGCAGCCUCCCAGUUCUCCGACUACUGCAGCCGAUGCUGGACGGCGAGGAGGACCCUCUUGAUGCCGACUUGGAGGAGCCCGGUUCACCAGCUGGGCCUGCCUCAGACGUCGGUGCACCACUGUCACCAGCGGCUGCCUGCAUCGCUGAUAGACCUGCAGCAGCCCCAGCAGCUUGCCUGAUUAGCCAGACAUCUACUGCAGGGUCACCAGCUCCUACACCUGCGGCUGCUGCAGCGUGCAACAGUGGUAGUGCGGCAGCAGCUGUGGGCAGUGGUGCCCGCCAGGUCGGAGGACGUAUGGCGCUGCUAAAAAGGAGCCUCGCAGAGGAAAACGAUAUGAGGAUGGCCUUUGUCCAGCAGGAGCAUGCCCUGCGCUGCAACUUCCUUGAACAGGACCACCGCGACGCACUCAGCAAGAGAGCUGCGCUGCAUGAAAUGGAAAUUAAAUUGCGCGAGGACGAGCUGAAAAAAAGAAAUGCCAUUCACGAAAUGGAGAUGAAGCUCCUGUGUAUCAAGGAAAACAUACUGCUGCAGGAGCUGAGCCAGAAGGCUGCACAAUAAAUCAUGUUCAAACUGCUAUGCCUGCUUUACUGAUGGUUCACUUUUAAAGUCAAACUGAAGUAUCACACACUUGGAAGUACGA